UUUUUCUAUUUGACUAUAUUGUACUGAAUUUUCAUUUAUACUAAUUAUAAUCAAUAAUGCUUUUUCAUUUUAAUCUUUUUUUUAAUCUUUAAACUUACAGUAUUUACUGACAUAUGAAAAUAUUUCACAUUUUUCUUGGUGGCUUUCUCCUUUGUUUAGCCUUGGCUAUCGGGAAAGUCUCCUUCCUAAUUGCUAAUUUAUUCUUUUAGUAAUGUAAAUUGUCAUUUCUUAGGUAAAUAAAUGUUUACUUACUUACUUACUUUACUUUACUUACUCAUGGCAUUAAAAUAUAUUCAUGGAUUAUUUUUUGUGAGGUUAUUUCAAACUUACUGAUCCAAGAUUUCUUGUAUACUAAACAAGUUGAACAGAGUACUCAAACAUAAGAUAUAUAUUUUUUAUAGUGGCCUAUGUUGAAGAAAUGUCUGGAAGUUACAUAAACAUAGAAAACCCCUGGAGACAAAGGUUAGCUAGUGAGGGUUAGGUUCUAGAAUAAAAUUUACUUUUGACAAUCAGAAAAACCUUAGAAAAAAAGGACAAUUUUUGCAAGAAUUUUGAAUUAAAUUAUAUUUUGUUAAAAAGGUUAAAGAAAAAAAUUCAAAAUUUUUUUAAACGCCCCCUUCCUUUACCUGCACCCUAAAAUACCCCAAAGCUACUGAGAACGAUGAUUACACCCUGGUAUUAGAUCUAAGGAUGAAUAUCAAGUAACUUGUCAAUUUGGCCUUCAAUAUUUUGCAUACAACUUGUGAUGUGUACACACAUGGAGGACUACGUUUUCUGCAACACAUUUUCAAAAUUUUGAACUCCAUAGAAAAUAUAGGAAUAUAUAUUUUAUAAAAUAUGAAACUUCUACUGAAAAGAAGAAUCCAAACUGUUCUGUGGUUUGCAAACAGGAGAUUUGCAGCACCACCACCACAAAAGAAUAAUUUUGAGUAUUGUAGACAAUUGGUACGGACACGAGACUUUGAGAAUUACUUGUGUCUUCUCUUAUUGUCAGGUGAGCCUCGUAAUAUUGGAAUGGUAGUCAGAGCUUUUAAUGUGGAACUUUCUCAAAUUGUUGAUUCAACAAGUGAAACACGUACAGCUGAAAUGAGAUUAGAAUUUUGGAAAAAAAGCAUUGAUGAAACUUUUAAAGGUCGUCCACCAUCACACCCAGUAAUGAUAUCGUUAGCUCUUUCGCUAGAGCAAAAAAUGUUAUCAAAAAAGCAUUUUGAUAAGUUGAUUAGCAUCAGAGAACGUCACAUACAUCAAAGACCUUUUAUGAGCAUUGCGGAUGUGGAAGAUUAUGGAGAAUAUUCUGUCAGUCCUAUAUUUGAUUUAUUGUUAGAGUCCACCUGUAAUGAUAGUCUAGAUGCUUUAAACGCUAGUAGUCAUAUUGGAAAGGCAUCUUCAUUAGUUGCGUUAAUUCGAGGUGUUCCAUAUUUCAUGACACAACGUAAAGUGCUGCUCCCUACUGAACUCUGUGUGAAGCAUAGCGUUUCACAGGAAGACAUUUUAAGAAACAGAAGCAAAGAUGGCAUAAAGGAAAUCAUUUUUGAUGUUGCUAGUCAAGCAAAUAUUAAUUUGCAACAUGUGAAAACAAUGAAACACAGUCUAGAGAAGGAUUUGAAGAAAUUAUUUCUUCAAACUGUUCCUAUAGAAUCUUUUUUGAAGCAUCUUCAACGCAUUGAUUUUAAUAUUUUUGAUUCAAAAUUAAAUCAGAAAGACUGGACUCUUCCUUUCAAACUACUUUUUCAUCGUAAAUAAAGUUAUGAUUUUUAUUGCUGUAUGUUUUUUAGUUUUUUUUUGAUAUUUUUGUAUGUCCAUUACAUGUAGUCAGAUA